UGUUCCACAACAAUAACAAAGAGCUGAGUUGGGAAGUCGGGAAAGGCUGGCGGAGCGAACGGAGUGUAGCGCAGCUGGGUCCAUUAUACAUUAUUUCUUCUGCGAAGAAUUUUUAAGUGUGUAAAUAUAAAUAAAGUACUUACUACCUCAAAGUCAAAAGAUUUUUUUCCUUAAGAAAUAUUUUUUUCCCCGAUUACGUUUUUCUUGCCGCAGACACACACUCCACACAGGCAAAGUAUGUCUGCUGUUCAUUCCACCUCUACCAGAUGAGCCGGGAGUCCUACGCACCAGUGAGCCCCGCCCUCACCUCCUACGCUGCCCGGAGCAGCGUCAGCGGCCGAUGAGCAAGGCGCCCGGUUCUCACCCUCAGCCGGCCGGAGACGCGCUCUCAACGCCUGGGGGGCCGCCAGCAUGUUCCACAGGUUUGCCAGUGCCAUCUUCGGGGAUGGCGAGCAGGACGGUGGCAGCUGUGAGGCGGACCUCAGCUUUGACGAGAAGGAGGAGGAGAACGAGUGGAUUCUUGUCGAUUACCUAGCUGAGGCCUGCUCCAGCCCCCACAGCGAGGUAUCCGUCGGGAUACCUCCACAGGACGAGCUCGCGGUGGGCACGCCGCCAGCCUGCUGCUCCUCCUGCUCCUCGCUGGACGAUGCUGAGGAUGACGGCUUCCUGCGGCUGGGCACGGUGGCGCUGGAGGAGAGCUGGUUCGUCACGCCACCCCCCUGUUUUACCGCCAGUGGCCUCGAACCCGUGCUGCUGGAGACCAGCCCCCUGGAGGACCUGCUCAUCGAACACCCCAGCAUGUCCGUGUACGCGGGACACUUGCCCCGGCCUGCCCAGGCCGCUGACACCUCUCGCUCGCCUCGACCAGUCUCUCCUCAGGUACACUGGACGUCCCCACAUGCUGCCGGACUCCAUGCUGGCUGCUACGCAGCUGCUCUUUCGGCUCAUGCCGGCCUCCUGGAGCAGGCCAAGCUGGGCCGGCUCGCCCAGCGCGUCCGGGACGGCGUCCAGAAGCACCGGCUGUCUCGCAACGCCCUUCGCCGCCUCAACCUGUCGCGCGAGGGCACUGUCCGGCAGGCCAAGGGCAGCGGGCUGCUCGUGCAUCAGCCGGUACAGAGGCAGUUCAACUACUGAGAUCGCCCCCUGCUGGACACCCUCCCCCCUGCAGCCAUGCCGGAAUGCUAGCUGUGUGUGUAAUCAAGUUGCUGGGGCAGGUUCCCUCUGACACCGAAAAGCACAGGAACAUACGGGUGUUUGGAGAGAGCGGCAACCGUCUGCUUUUAGGGGUGUAGUCAGGUGCUGCCGUGAGCUCUUCAGAGUGAAGGGAAGGUGUCUCAAGAUGAGAAAUGUCCUCUACGCUUUUGCUAUCGUUUCCACAGAGCUGGAGAGUCAUGCAUCUGACGUUUUUAUCACACAUGUGCAAUAUAAACCUAAAUCCUUACUCCCCGUUUUCCGGUUGUGCAGCUCGGAGGGAAUCUGCCCUAAACUCUGUAAAUCAGUACAUUCACACUAUUUUUUUUUAUGGUUAUCACUAAAAGCCUUGUAUUCAAUACGGAUUAAACUGAAAAAAAAAAUGUAUAUUAAAAAAGAGGGGAGAAUAAAGAAAAUUAAUUCCAAAAAUAUUUUUAAAAGGAAAAAAAAAAGUGAAAUUAUUUCUUAUUAAUAUGAAGUUUGUAUACAGAAGAGUGUAUUAUGUGUGUGCAAAAUUCAGAGUAUGUUAGUGUGUGUGUGGUGUAGUUGCAUGGUUGUAUAUUGUUAGAUUCCACCUAGGUGAAGAUUUUAAAGUGUUUUAUUGUAUCUUUAAAAAGUAAUUGUUCUAAAUCUGCAGUAUGCUUCUCAGGGUCAUAAAAGAUCAUCUUUACAGUUGCAGAUUACUUGACAGCAGUUUCUGUUGGUACAUAUUGUAAAACCUUCCAAAUGUGUCCAGGAGUUAGUCUGUGGCCUUGUAUACAUGUAUUUUAUUAUUAUUUUUAAGGAAAUGCGUGUUUCUUUAGAAAAUAACAGGACUUAAUUAGUUGCUGGCGUGAGGACUGUGAAACUCACUUUCUAGUUAAAACUUUUCUCAACUGACUGUUAAAAGCCGAUCAGAAGACUGAGUGAAUUUUCAAUGUAUUUGUUCAUAAACUGUCUGUAUUUGUUUACUCUUAGUUGCAUUUAAUUGAGAAAUAUUUAAACCAAAAACUAGCAACUUAUUUUAGCCUACAGUAGCGUUAUAUUCUGAUGUUUUGUUUUUGAAUUUGCAAACAGGUUCUGUUUUGGCGGGUUGUCUUCAAACCUUAGGUGUUUUCGGUUUCUGUCUUUGAAUGUGGGCGAGACGAUGGCGGUGGUGUCAUAAAGAGUCAGACCCCUGUUUGGGCAAACUUAUCCACACGUGUAGCAAAAUGGCCGCUUUUUCUGUUUGGGAAAUUUUGUUUUAUUUAUACGAGUAUGCAUGGUCUAUUGCGGUUGUCUAAUAAGCACUAACUUUGCAUUUUCUUCAGAUUGUAUGUAUCGCAGUGUGUCCAAAUGUGUUUUUACCCGCGAAGGUGACUGCGGUGUAUCGCUAAUUUCCCCUGAAUUUGUAAUUCUUCUUGUCGUUGUAUCUAGCAAAGACGCUUUCUUUUAAACGUCUGUUUUUUUUUCCUUUGUGAAAUAUGGUCAACUGAGGAAGUGAACGGAAAAACUUCCAGUGCAAGAAGGACCCUUUCAGUUGUCUGAUUUUUGUUGCAACAGGGAUGACUAUUUUUACUUCUGCCUUGAAUUACUUGUUGGGGAUCACGUGCCUUCCAGGUUCACAUUACGUCAUUGCAUUAAUAACUUGAACUGUCCGAAUGGACGGCACAAACAGCAGAAAAUCAACUAUGCACAAAAGGUAGUUUCUUUGAGCCACUUUGCUCUAUACACUUUUAUAAGCAGAUGUAGCAACCCUUUUGUUUAAAGUGUGACGAACACGUUUAUGUUUGUGUAACAGCUUUCAACUGUUAUAGACGUUGCGCGUUUUCUUUAUAGGUUACUGGAAUAAUGCAGCACUUCGCCAAAAAGUGUAGGAAUUAGCGUUAGUCCUUAUUUAUCUGAGUAUACUUUGCUGUUUGGAUGUAUGACAGAUGACUACAAAAUCCUUGCUUUUUAAGGUCAGCAAAACGGACAAGUGAGAAUAACGUAGUAUGUUUCUUUUUAAAAUCUUGAACAUUUUAAUCAUGUUGUAACCCACCAGUCUUCAAUAAAACGUAUAACAUC